AGGGGGUGGUCAGUUCAGAGAGCCAGAGAGUGAGCUUCGUUUAUCGCCAAAGCUCUCUCUCUCUCUCUCUCUAUCUGCCUCUCUUUUUGGUGUUGCGGCAACAGCUGCUCGCCAUUUAUGGAGUCAGUUGUUGUAGAUUCUUUCGCCGCGUCGGUCGCCCAGUCGCAGUCGCAGCCGCAGUUGCAGUCGCAGUCGACGUCGGUGCAACAUCCCAGUAACUGUGCCAUAUAGAAUCGGAAUCGGCAGCUAUAUAGUCAUCGCAAAAGUAACGAGCUGCAUGCAAAUCCCAAAAAAUCAAAUACACCAAGAGCUGGCCAGCUGCAAACUGGUCGCCUCAGUUAGCCACCUAAUGCAGUUUCGGCCGCUUGAAUUUGGCCAAGUCGUGCCUACAACACGCUAGAUCGCAUACAACAUAUAACAUAUAACCCAGGGCCAACCAGUCGUCGAUCCAAAGCGAUUGCAAUUAAAAACGCAUAGAGCCGACUGGAAAUCAUGUACGCGCUGAAAUUCGAUGGCUGCAUUCGCUCGAGGUGGAAAAAAACAGCUUAGCGUGCUCUAAAAUACAACAAAAGUGUACAUAGCCAAGCACGAAAUAAAAAAAUAACAAAAAAAAACGAGAAAAAAAGUGUUAAAAAUCAAAACAAACUUCACAACUAAGUGUGCCAACAACCGCAGCAGAAACAACAAGUGUAACGAGUAGCGAUCUCUGGAUAGAUUUUGUUUUUCGUUCGGUCUCAGAUACGCAGAUACGCAGCUCUCUCCCUUCUUAGUUAGCCUCCAAUUUGGAUCCGUAGUGCCCAUUAAUAGAUUUAGGCUUACCCGAAGUCGUACUGUGAAAAAACCUCAAUUAAUAUGCAAAAAUUCACAUGACAAUAUCUGGUUUUCUCACAGACUCAGAAAGUCACAAAGCAGCAGCCGUAUAAGAACAGAAGGAGAGCGAGAUCGAUAUUAAGAUCGAGAUAUGAGCGCUGCGAACUCGCACUCUUUAUGUUCGUCCAGGUCCACCUUUAAUUCAAUCUCUCACGGUCGGUCUCUUUGCAAGCCCCAAACCCCAAACCCCAAACCCGAACCCCUGUAAACAAUUGAACGCCCACGGAAUGGCGCCAAAACAUCAAUCAAAGCCAAAGAAAACAAACUGAACGAUCACUCGACUCGACGCUACUCGAUUCAUUAUGGGCGGCUAAUCCCACGCGUCAAAGUUCUGCAGUUUAUCAGUGUUCCCGUAAAUUGGGAAAUUGAGCGAUGACGGCUGUGUAGUCACCACAACUUUUGCCCGGCGUUUGCCAGUACGAUUCUCGGUCUUCGGAGGUCUUACACAAAUUACGUUCAGUUCAGCCACGUGAAGCGCUGGCUCUCUACGUAAAUGCGAGCAGAUUAGAUUACCCCUGGAUACUCCCUAUCAAUAUAUGUAUGUGGCUCUUUUGGCCAUAUGUCCAGCGGUCGGCUAUCGACGGCGAGUAUCGCUGAGCCAAGAAGAUCGGACCCGAUAGAGCUGGCCAAUUUGAUUCCGAUUUCAGGCCAGGGCCACCCCAGCCCUUGCCCUAGCGCGUCUAGCCAUUCUGGCCAUUCUAUCCCCCGCAGAUGUAGAUUGUGCACGCGUUCACCUAGCUGUAUCUGUAUCUGUAUCUGUAUCUGCAUCUGGCCGAGUACCUGUAUCCCAACCUGUGCCGUAUCUCAUCGCGCACACACAGCCUAAACAUCUGAAUACUAUGAGCAAACUUGCCUGAUAUUAUCUUAUCACAAAUUAAUUGGUCGCCAUGACAACGGCCAAAGGCGCAAAAGGCCCCAAACCCGAAAGCCCCCGAUGAGAUCGGCCAGCGGGACUGGCCAAAAGCCCCUAAUCCGCUCUUUGUGCCAAAGUUAGAUUCACUCCUGGUCCCGUUCCUGGCGGGGCUUUCAAUGGAAAUGCACCUGCCUUUAUAAGGCUAAGCGCCUUAUAUACGCCCCAAAAGUAUCUCACGGAUUGGCGACAGCCCACCAGACCGUUAGUUUUUGCCGCAGCGCAUUUUUGCUGUUGCUGUCGCACUCGCUGCCACAGUCGCAGUCGCAGUCGCAGCCGACGUUGCUGCCGCUGGCAGUUUGAAAAUCCGUGCGAGAAUUAUCAUCUGGCAAACAGUUCUUCAUACCGGAUUAGAACGGACGUUUUGCCCAGUCCAGCUCGCGUUUUACUUCCAUUCUGCAUAUUUGUAUCUGUGCCAAUUUGGAUUUCGGCUUCGGGCUUAGCACCGCUCUGUUUUCUAUUCCCCGCGAUUCGGCCUUGUCAAUCGAUCGAGUGAAAAGUAUCCCCUUCAAGACUUAAUAUUUAAUGAGCCCGCCUUUCGCGCAAUCCUGUGUGUGACUUUGUACUAUGAGCAGCAGUGUGUGUCCAGGCAGUAAGUAACUUGGGCCACCGAGUCCACUAGGUCGAGGAUAUAUAGUUGUAGGACCCAGUUCCAAGAGUCCCCCAAAUCCAGAGACGUCAGCGGCUGCUGGCCGCCUUUUAUCUAAACAAUUUAUCGAUUUUCGUUUAGAUUACAACGCGUGUGCCCCCGCCCCUGUACCUGCCCCUGCCACCCAUUCCGCUCCACUUUACUCCCAUGGCUGCUCCGAAAAAUAACACAAACGAUAAGAUACACCCGACCCAUUUGAAUAAGCGCAAAUAUACUGUCCCCAUGUACAUGGAUCUCGUACUGCUCAUAUGGGUACACACCGUACCGUAUACUAUAUGGCAGUACGGAUUCGACUACGGGUACUCACUUUCCGUACUUUCCCUGGCUAGUUUUUGUUUAUGCCCCACUCGGGCUAUUUAUAUUAAGUGUGCUGAGCACACAUGCUGCCGUAUCUUGUGCGCUGUAUGAGAGUGUGUGUAUGUAUAGGCCCGUGUGUGUGUGCAUGUGGGGCAGUUUAUCAUUACGCACUAAUUGUGUGAAAUCAAUGCCGCAGCCAGAUAAACAAACUAUUGCACAUAAAUGACAAUUAACAUAAUGCCACCAAAGUAAUCCGAAUUUGUGUGACUUCAUUUGCAAAAUAGCAAAGGCAACGGCAAAGGCAAAGCAAGAGCCGAAAAACAGAACAAAAUAAACACAAAAGAACAAAAAGGGAAUAAACAAAGUAUAAAGUACAGCGAAAAGCACAAACAAUGAUAAUUUCCAGCCAGCCGAAUUUGGCUGGAUCGGCGACGACCACGACCACGACCACGGCCACUAGUGCUCAUAUGGGCGAGGAAAGUGUCCCCAUUCCUGGCACUUGCAAUUGCGGGGGAGUGGGCGUGGUGGCUGCUGCUCUGGGCCCCAGACAAUCCCCAGCUCCAUCCGUGGAGCCAACAACAACGUCCACGGCCACAUCGAAGGCACCAACAUCUACGGCACCAGGCAGAGAUUCAUUAACGCGUCCGGCCUCCGAGUCCGAGCUAAAUGUGGGCACAGGCACAUCGGGCACCAGUUCAUCCGGCGGCGGGAACAGCCGUCCAGGUCACCGCAAGUCAUCGCUCGCCCUCGCCCUAACCCCGGAAGAUGAGCCGAUGGACGUCUACCAGCGAAAUCUCAUGGACCUGAAGUAUCCAACCGUACUACCACCGAAUCCCCCACUUAAGGCCCUCCUGGUUUUCCACAAGUCGGACAGCAUCUGCGAGGCGAUCACCGCGGCCUGCCAGCGCCACCAGCUGGACGUCACGCUGGUCAAGUCGAAGGAGGAGGCUCUGGACACCCUGCAGAAGUCGUACGCCAGCGCCCAGUGCUACCAUCUAAUCAUAAUUGAUGCGCGUUCCACCAAGAACCUGGAUGCGGAGCACAUUGCGAGAACCAUACGUCACACACACGGCCACCAUUUAACGACAAUAAUUGCAGUCUGCAAGAAGAGUUUCUUCGAAAAGGAUGAUGUGCUAAUUGCUCUAUUGGACGCUGGCGUUAAUAGAUGCGUAGCGGAGACGACCAACCUGGCCAUGUGCAGUGUGGAACUGAAGCAGAUACUGCACUCCAUCAUCCGGCCGCACAAUGUCAUGUCCACUCAACAGGCCCUCUACACGGCUCUCCACCGGCUGAAGGAGGUGGUGCUCAUCACGGACGACUUGCUCCGGAUCCAGUACGCGAAUCGUGCCACCGAGAGGCUGCUCAACAUGCGGCUGGACGAGAUCAUUAGCAAGCAGCUGGAGGACAUAUUCGUGUCGGACCUGUCCACCAUCAGCGAGCAGUGCAAGAACAUCAAGGAGUUCGACGGCAUCCUGACGGUGCGCCGCAAGAGCCAGGAGGGGAUACCGAUGCACGUGCGCGUGGUCCCAGUGGCCUGCAUCGGCAGCGCCCCCACGCACCUGAUUUUCAACUUUGAUGUGCCCGGCGGACAGAUGGACUUCAUAGCCACGCUGCCGCAGCCCAAGGAGGCACCUCGUGGCUCCCUGCACUCGGUGAGGCGCUGCAGCUUUGAUGUCCGCUCCAUUGCCUCGGACGGAUUGCGGAGGACCAGUCUGGCCAAGCUGACGUCCCUGCCGCUGGAGGCCCCCAUCACUAAAAUAAUCAAUUUACUAUCACAAGUACAGGAGAAUUGUUCGGCCGAUGAGGCGCGGCUCAUAGACAAGGUCUUGGAGUUCCUGAAGCGCGAGGGACUCUACAGUCCACAAAUGAAGGAGAUCCGGACGGACGAUCCCAUAGCCACCGACCUGAUUGGUGCCCUGCUAACAGGACCCAGCGUGUACUCAUCGCGCCGCAGCUCGAAUGACUCCAUCAUACGCACCGGCAGCUCCACAAGAACUGCCACGAUUGUGCCCGCCAAAAUGAAGUCCAAUCCCAUCAUCAUGGAACUACUUGACGAAUCUCUCAGCUGGGACUUUGAUAUUUUCAAAUUGGAGGAGAUCACCGACUACCACCCGCUGCUCUAUCUGGGCAUGGAGAUGUUCCGCCGCUUCGACGUCUUCGCCACCCUGAACAUCGAUGAGAACGUGUGCAAGGCCUGGUUGGCCGUGAUCGAGGCCCACUACCGAAAGAGCAACACAUAUCACAACAGCACCCAUGCCGCGGAUGUCAUGCAGGCCACUGGCGCUUUCAUCACCCAGCUGUCCAACAAGGACAUGCUAAUGAUGGACCGCAUGGAGGAGGCAACUGCCUUGAUUGCAGCCGCCGCCCACGAUGUGGAUCAUCCUGGUCGCUCCUCCGCCUUCUUGUGCAACUCCAACGACGCCCUGGCAGUCUUGUAUAACGAUCUGACGGUCCUGGAGAACCAUCAUGCGGCCAUAACCUUUAAGCUUACUCUGGGCGACGACAAGAUCAAUAUUUUCAAGAACCUGGACAAGGAGACGUACAAGUCGGCCCGCAGCACAAUCAUUGACAUGAUCCUGGCCACCGAGAUGACCCGGCACUUUGAGCACCUGGCCAAGUUCGUGAGCGUAUUCGGCGGAGAGGAGCCCCGUGAGCACAACUCCCAGACGGAUGAGGAAACAUCGAUACUCAUGCGCCGUAUGCUGAUCAAGGUGGCCGAUGUGAGCAAUCCCGCCCGACCAAUGCAGUACUGCAUCGAGUGGGCCCGACGCAUUGCCGAGGAGUACUUCAUGCAGACGGACGAGGAGAAGCAGCGACACCUGCCGAUCGUGAUGCCGAUGUUCGAUCGGGCCACCUGCAGCAUACCAAAGAGCCAGAUCGGCUUCAUCGAAUUCAUCAUACAGGACAUGAUACACGCCUGGGAGAGCUUCAUCGACAUGCCUCAGCUGAUCACCUACAUGCAGAUCAACUACUCGCAGUGGAAGAAGUACGACGAGCAGGGGGUCAACACCCUGGCGGAGAUAAUGGCCAAGCAGCCGCCGGUGGGAAAGAUGGCCAACUCCAAAUAGCAUACGGCCUUCCGGAGAUUGUUCUCGGGUCUACUGAAGCCACUGCCGGCCCAGGCGCCGGGCACCUCCACGAUUGGCGAGAACGAGAUGGAGGACGUGCUCUAGUGACGGCGUCGAAGGUCCUGCGACGUCUGACUCCGGACCCGCAGUCUCUCGGCCUGAUCCUCUCCUCUCACAGAAGUCGAAGCUCAUCCCGGUUUGAAACCCAACCGCAACCCACCGCUCCCCGGACUGCCCCACACAUAUCUCUCAACGGACCAACGGACUGGGCGGGGGCCGGGACAGAUGGGUGGCUGGCUCACGAAAAGCGGUGCCAAGCGGUGUCACAAAUGCGGUAUCAUACAACACAAAACAAAACAAAACAAAGCAAAACUAACUAAGGCAAACAAGUAAACAAUUAUUGGGCUGGACUCAAAAUUAAAUGUUUAAGAUGCAUCACAAGAAGCGAACUUUCUAUUUCUAUAUUAAUAUACCAUGUGAGUCUGUGUGUGCGUGAGUGUGUAUGUCCCCUCCAUCCCCUCCAAGUAAAUGUGUAUGUGUUUAGGCUAACCACAAGCAGACUAGCAUGCUAGCAAGCUAGCCGACUAGCAGACUAGCCGACAAGCAGACUAGCAGGCUAGCAAGAAUCCCACAGCAUAUUGACCAGAAUAUAUGGCGUGCGCUCAACUGUACCUGUCAACGGUAUAACGUAUAACAGUAUAACGGUCUUGGUAACCCUCUAGCGGUACAUAUACCAAUACAACAAGCAUGUAGUUCUCUCCCAUCAUGAAGACAAUCUCUGUUAAAUACUGCAAAGCCAAGUAAAUAUAUAUUUUAAUUGCUGUCCAAGUCAGAUUUGGAUUUGGAUUUGGACUCGGAUCGAGUAGAAGGCCAUAGCUAGACGAAGACUAUAUACAUACACAUGCAUGCGAGAUCGCGGCAAGCACUAUAUAUAUAUAACAUUAACUACUAUCACUAUAGACUAGCUAACAACUACAAGUUAAACAAAACUGAAACAAACUAAUUCGAAUCCACUCUUGAGACAUAUGAAAUCCUAUGGGGCCCCUUUUACUACCUAAUUAUCUAGUUAACUAUUUUCCUAACUGAAGAGGAACGAGGAAGAGAGACGAUGAUGAGCUAUCCUAACUAAUACUAUUAAUGUUGUUUAGCUUUCUAAGCAUACGGUAUGAGAAAUCAAACUAAACGCAAAUGUUUAACAAUUAAGUGAAAUCCUUUUUGAAAUCUUUUUAUCUAAUUGACUGAACAAAUUACAUAUACAUAUAUAAACCAGAUCUAUUAAUACGAAUCGAUAAUACGUUCUUGUUAUAACUAAAAAAAAAGGAAAAUGGAAAAAGAAAAUGAAAUGGAAAAGCAAAAUAAUAUAUACAAUAUACAUAUAUACAAUUUAUACAACUUUUACGAAGCAUAUUAUAUAUUUAUAUAUGUCAUACGAUAUCGGCAUUCAUUCACAGAGUUACAGUAAUUUGUAUGUGUUACCGUUACCAAGGUGUUAAAUCCCGUGCUUCAGAAUGUUUUGAUAGAAAUUAUAUACACGUAUACAAGUCCCCCGACAAGUCCCGACCUCCUGAACUGUCCCUUGGCAAAGUCCCUUGGUCUAGUUAGUCCUCCCCUUAAAUCCACACUUUCCGUUCCCACACUUCGUAUCACUACUGACCGACCACACCACAUUAAACCGAAAUAAAACCAACAAAUCUGAGCGAUAGGAGAAUAUAAAUGUAUAUGCAUAUUCAAUGUUGUUAAUAUGUGUGUGUUUCAAUUGUAUGUAUUGGAUUAAAUCGCGUAAAUUGCAAAUGAAAAACAAAAACCAUUUACAUGUUAUGAAGAAUAUAUGUAUACAUAAAUAUAUAUACAUAUAUAGAUACGGUACUACUAUAUGUUUCUGAACACAAAAAUGAUAAAUCUUUACAUACAACUAUGUAUAUUUGUUACUACAUCUGUUUGCUCCUUGCAGGUUAAGGAUUAUAAAUGUUAAGAUUUAGUCAAAUUUAUUGUAAAAACCAAACAAACACAACAACCAACAACACAAACAAGAAACAAAAACAAAAUGCAAAUAAUACAAAUAAAAAUCCAACAAAAUGGAAAUUAUCUACA